UGAAAAUUGAAAUUUAAUUUGCGCUUGAAUUUAUUUUGCGUUUGCUUCACAUUUGUUUGUUUCUAUUUAUCUUUAAUUCAGAUUUUAAUUAAUAUUUUAUCAUAACAAAUAAAAAGACAAUGCCUAAUCCAGUUGAUCCAGAAAAAAGGGAAGUACGUUCGUUUCUGGUUUCGAGAGACCCAAGUGUUGAUAGGCGUUUUCGACCAUGUCCUGAGCGUCAAGUUGCUUUGUUUCAAAAUUUGGAAGAAGAAGAGGACGAAGAAGAUGAAGCUUAUGACGAAAGUGCCUCUAUGGCAAGUUCAAACACAGCUGUCGAACAGGAAGGUGCCUUAAUUUACCUUCGUAUGCGCCCAUUACCCAACGAAAUACCCUGCUCUAGUUAUAAGAUUUUGGGGAAUGUUUUGGUCACAUCCCAGCUAGAUUGUAGUGGUAAUACCGGCAAGAAUCAAAUGGAAAAACAUUUUACAUUCAGUGAAAUCUUCGACAAUGCCAUCGACCAGCAUGCGAUAUAUGAAAAGUGCAUACGUAGUAAGAUUGAAUCGGAAGAGAACUUCACAAUGCUUACAUACGGAACGUCGGGUUCUGGCAAAACCCAUACGUUACUUGGAGAUUUGGACAAACCCGGCAUAAUCCCUAGAGCAAUUGAAAACGUAUUUGCUUUGUAUGCUAGCAACCUAUAUCCCCAACCAGCCGCGAAAGUGGUUAACGCAAUAGUAUCAAUAGUCGACGAUGAAUCAAUGCGCAAAGAAAUGCUCCUGCGACAGACCAUUAUCUCUGCAUGCAACGACGUCCAAUCGGUCUAUAAUCGGGUUCAACAAAAGAUUGCUUCUCAACACGACUUUAACACCACAGUACUUGAGAACACAUCUGUAUUCGUUUGGGUAUCAUUUGUCGAAAUCUACAAUGAGUUUGUGUAUGAUCUCCUAAGCCCUAUAGCCGCAACGGGCACAACCAGGAGGAAGAAUCACAAAAUCGUGUCCAACGAUGGGAAAGUAUUUAUUAAAGAUCUAACAUCAGUUCACGCUAAAAUGGCAGCGGACGCAUAUAAACUUCUGACAUUCGGAUUACAAAAGGUGAAAUACGCCUCAACAGCAAUAAACUCGAAUUCAAGUCGUUCGCAUUGUAUAUUCUUCAUAGACAUAAUAAAAUUUUCCCAGCCUGGCACAUUCACACUGACUUCGUAUAAAUUUUGUGAUUUGGCAGGCUCCGAGCGGCUGAGUAAGACUGGAAAUGUUGGAAGCCGACUUAAGGAAGCCCAACGAAUAAACACCUCAUUGAUGGUACUCGGUCGCUGCUUGGACGCAGCCAACAAUCAAAAGAAAAAGAACGGCGAUGUAAUUCCAUUUAGAGAAUCCAAGCUUACAAUGUUACUUCAAUCGGCUCUGUUGGGUAAAGAAAAACUGAGCAUGGUUGUUAAUAUCACUCCAUCGGAUAAAUAUUUCGAAGAGAACAUGAAUGUGUUGGGAUUCGCUUCGAUUGCUAAGAACAUCGUAUUUAAACAGCCAAUUUUGAAGACUGAUCGUAGUGCCAGGUAUUCGUGGUUUGUCGUCCAUGCUGGCCAGGAUAAAAGAUCGACAGCGGCAGAAGACACCUCUCAACUAGAUGCAUUGCUGGAAGAGAAUUUUACACUUCGAAAUGAAAACGAUAGACUGAUUUCUGAAGUAUCACGAUUGGAAAAAGCACUGAGUCAACAAGAAUACGAUUUAAGAAAUCAAUUGGUAAAUAACUUCCAAAAAUCCUUAGAAGAACGAAAUCGUAGUUGGGAGGAUCGACUGGCUAGAGAAAUUGAAAUGGUAAAGCAGAAAUAUGAAAAUAAGAUUGUAGCCUUGAAAGCCGAACACGCUCGUGAGUUGGAAGAUAUAAAUGAAGAAGUCACUCAAGUGAAAAAGCGCAGAGCUACUCUGGGAGAUUAUACGAAUAAUAUUUUAAAUGUUCCCUAAUUUAUAAUUUGCAUAGAUGUUUAGUUUUUUUAUUUUGAAUAAAAUAUUUUUAUUGCUCAACCUGUUAUUAA